AUGAUGCUCGCUGCCCCCUGCCCCAUUGCGCUCUCCAGCGACCCCUUCUUGGACAACACACCGCGCUCCUCCUCCUCCCUGUGCUUCCCCACCCAGCUACCCUCUCCGCGCCCUCCUCGCGUCAAGAACGCGCCCCCUCGUCUCCAGUCCCCCAUCCGUCUUGCUGAGCCCGGUCUCAGGUCCGCGCCAUUGCCCUACCAACAGGCGCGCUCUUCUGCGAAGAAGCGGAAUACGCGUCUCCCCUCUCGUCGACAGCACAUGGCUGAGCCCGUCUUUAAGUCGGGGCUCGCCAACUUCGACGAACUACCCUGGGUCGCCGCUCUCCAGUCAGAGUGCGCCGCCUACAGCUGCCACGCCGCUGAUAUCGGCGACCUGUCGCAGCUUGACAUCGACCGUCGCGGCGCCGGCCCCGUCCGCCGUCGAAAGACAUCUCUGCGCGCCAGCCCGAUAGCUGUGCCGCGCCAGCUGCCGACACCCGCGGCUACGCCUACCCGCGAGGACCGCCCUGCGUUCCCCUUCGUUGCCGGCAGCAACCCCCACUACCGACCCCAUACCCCCGUGAAACGGUCACCUACCCGCGCCACCGACCGCGUCAUCUUCCGCCACCUCAUGCCGCUGCUGUCUGCACCAGAGCACGACGCCGGCCCCGGGAUCAUUCGCCUUUGA